GACGUCACGUUAACGCUCACGUAAUCAGCGUAACGGCGAGGCUGUAACGGCCAUGGCGGCGGUGCCACGCAGUCAAGAGAGAGAGAGCGGGAACAAUGCCACAGAACAGGCAGCGUUCAACACUGCAGCCUCUCGGUUACUGGCCGCCGCUGUUUCCCGGUGUUCCUGACGCCCAGGUAGAGACGGAGAGCGGCGGGAACGUGCUGACGGUGAGGGAAGAAGCCCUCUCAAAAUGGCGUCAGGUCAAACACAGUUCAGCCUCCUCUGAGGCUCGCUGGAUUUGGACUCGCAGCUUCGGAGCAAGUUAACGGUCAACUUGUGAAAAUGAGGCCGCUCCGGAGCGGCAGGAGGGUGCGUUUGACUCUUCACUUGAGCAGUUUUAGCAUUUAGCUUAGCUUAGCUAAAAACUGAUCCCGGAAGGCGGGAUGAUCGCGGCCUGUUGCCAUGACAACGGUCAGCGGCAGCGGUCGAUGAGCUGACACUGAAGAAAACUUGACGCGGAUACGUUGGUCUCUAGUGAUUGGUUAGGGGAACUUGAAUCCCCCUCCCCCACUGAAAACGGUUAAAAUGGAGGCAACGUCAGACUGAAGGUGGAAAUGGAGUGUAACGACUUUUCAGACAAUUCUGUCUUGAUAUCGGGCAAUAAUACUUCAGUGAUGCGACAGUGCUUCUACUUGAGUACAGAUCUUCAGUACUCUUCCCACCGCUGCCCAUUUCUCUCUCUUCAUCCAGAUCCUGCAGGUGAAAUGGAUUCGUCACGUUGUGGCUCUAAAGUCUCGGGCUCCGUCCAGAUGCAGAGAUCCCAGCAUCUCUACCAGAGCUUUCUGACUGAUGCUGCAGCUGGCCUCAGUUUCUCCCAUGACUGCGCGGUGGACCCCGGCGCAGGCAGCAUCUCCUACGGCCAGGCCAACUUCCGACAGUUAUUCAGGCCCACGGAGCCCUGAAACCGUCCGCCAAGAGGAAGACACAAGACAGGAAACUCCAUAGACCGGCUACGAGGCCAGAGGGCCGGCAGGCUCCUCCGGGGCGAUUCAGGGACUCGCUGCCUUUGCUGGAGUCGCUUGAGUCUGUGAAUCAGUCGCUCCUCGGCUGCAGACGGUAGAACUGCUGCAGGGUUCCCGCGGUAGAACCAGAGCGACAGCAGUCAGUUCUGCUGGCCGCUAUCGAGAAAAGAGGGCUUCAGGUUCAGCCAAACCAGUCCAUGAGGCGGCUCGUCGAGACCACGACCACAUCAUCGCGGAUAACUCGUCCAAGUACCACAAAAACCUGCAAAGGUGGUCCUCCCCGGCCCCAAAGGAAUGGACUGGCCCGGACAAGACGGCAGCACACCCCAACAACGAGAGCGUCACCACGGGGAGCCUAAAGAGAGACCUGACUGACCUCGCUGACCAGGUCCAGACAGCAGUCAUCCCUUCCUCCACCCCCACAGGACCGGGACCGCAGUCGGGUUCUGCGGGUUCAGAGGCUGACGGCUGGAUGGCUGCACAGUGUUCAGCCCUGGAUGGGGACCACAGCAGGGUGCUCAUCCAGAGACUUUCAGCACAACUCUUCCUCUGCCAGGACCACCGGCCCGACGCCCAGGACCGACCCCCCGACACCCGGCUGACUCUUGUGCGCUCCCUGCUGGCUGAGCAGCUGAACAGCUCUAAGUGGAGAAACAGACUGUUGUCCUGUAACACUCUGUCGAGCCUCAAAGGGCCGACUAAUAAGGAUGUUGUGCACAAACUGAUCCACCUGAUGUGGAACGACCAGUGCUGGCAGGUGCGUUUCGCCGCCGCAGAGGCGCUGAUGAAGCUGGGAAAGAUGCAGGAUGUUUACAUUGAAUUAAGGUUGAAGCUGGAGGAGGGGCAGGGUCUUCAGGACAGGAUGGAGGCUCUGGAUAUAAUCAGCCACCUGAAGUUAAAGACGCUGCUCGAGCCUCUUGUGAGCUGCCUCGGAGAUGAGUUCACUGCAGUCCGGAAACAGGCCUGUCUGAUGGCUGAGUCUCUGCAGCUGAAGGAUGAGACGGUUGUGAGUCGUCUGCUGGAGCUGGUGGAGAACGACCCGGCGCAGGAGGUUCGACUGUCGGCCAUCAGAGCUGUGGGUGCGUUGGGUUUAACAUCGUCAGACGUGCAGGAGACGCUGCUGCACUGCGUGGAGACUGAGGAGGAGGCUGAGCUGCGUCUGGCUGCCUGCGGCUGCUGCAGAGCGCCGGCGUGACUUCAGCCCAGCUGAAGGACUUCCUGCUGCAGCGGGUUGAUGUCGAAUCCAACUGGCUGGUCCGCAGGACGAUGAAGGAAGUGCUGCAUCUCUGCGGCUGCAGCCCGCAGGAGGAACGCUGCAACACAAAGUACAUCAGCCUGCAGGUGAAGCAUCUGUGUGAGAGGCGAGUUAUCACAGAGAAAGUGUUGCUGCUGGAGACGCUGCAGGCUGAAGGAUCUCCGGGACAAAGCCUCCGGCCCGGGACGUUAGCCAAGCUGCUGAGUCAGCGAUACAGGACUGAUUCCAACACCACACCUGAUCAAUACUGAUCAGAUGAAAUGUUUUUGUCAAAAUAAAUAGUCGUAUCUCGCUGUGAA